AUGGGGAAGGAGCAGGGUGUCUGCGAGAUAAACCAUGAGACAUACUAUCGUAAUCAUCCGGCGGAUCAGUCACACUUGUAUCGGACAUAUGAGAACUGGGUCAAAGAUGAGGAGCAGAUGAUCAUUGAUGAGAUGUCAGGGAAUGAGGAGAAUACAGGAUGCAAGGUUUCCACUAAGCAGAUAUGA